ACUUGUACUUUUGCAGCAAUAAUGAGUAAAUUGGUAGCAAUCCUACUUCUCCUUUCUGCCUGCUCUUCCUCGAUGAACUGUGCGGUCAUAAUAUCAGACGACCAAAUAAUAUUUUUAGUCAAUAGAAUUUGCACAAAGUCCAUGACUUGCCCAUACAAAGAAUAUGCGUCCAUCCAACCACGAGACUGGGUCUGGAACAGGGAUGCUGUCCUAACAGCACCCAGCGUUCAGUUGUACAAAGCUGGAAAAGUGCCAAAAAUGCAAGUGAUCGACUUGUUCCAGGAGCAGUUUUGUUGCGCUUCAGAAGAAUGCCUAGCACGUUGCAACAUUGUCGAGAUAAGAGAGAAACCAUUAGUACAAUUUGUAUUGGAAAACUUCCCGAAAAAUGCGCCAAAAAUUCUUUCCUUGGAGUUGGAAGAGUUAAAGGAUUUUGAAAAACCGAUUCGCAACUACAUCAACGAUUUAAAACAUAACAAGGAUCUCAAAUUUGUUCCAGCCGAGGUUGAAGAUUUUCUCGACUACUUAGACAGAAAUAAUGACCGUAUUAUCGAAAAAAUGAAUAACUCCCAGUAACUUCUUUCCUCUCUCUCUUUGUCCUCGAUUGCUCUAUACCCGCCCCCUUUUUCUCUAGUUGCUUCACUACGCUUGCCACCUCGUGGUAUACCCCACACAUCAGACUUUCUCUCCAUUAAGAUCUUUUCUACGAGUAAGCUACUGUUAACAACUACCUAAAUUCCAAUUUUAACUACAAUCCAAUUCACCGUUGUUAGAUUUCCCUAUUUAUGUAGUGCCCUAUUUUUGUUGAUUAUAAUUUAUUUUGUUAGCUCCUGAACCAAACUAUAGUAUUUAUGAGCAUGUAUUUUUUAUGAAUAAAUAAAAAGGUGAACCUUGUU